CGGUCCUCCCUCCACUCCCGACCCUCUCCGUUGAUUGCCCACUUCCCCCCCCACAUUCCCCCAUUUUCUUCGUGUUCAUCCCUCCCUUCCCCCCCCUGGUUCCCCCACUCGUAUCCCCUCCCGUUCUCCCCUACUGUCCCCCAUUGUUUCCCCCUCGUAUUCUAUCCUGCUUUCUUCUCCUUUCCCCCUGUUUCCCCUCCCUUCCCCCUUGCCCACUAUCCCUCCCAUUGCCCACUGCUUCCCCCCCCCUUGCCCACUGUUUCUCCCCGAUUGCCCACUGCCUUUCCCCCCUUGCCCAUCACUCCUUCCCGCUUGCCCACUGCUGUUCCCCUCCUUGUCCUCUACUCUUCCCCUGUUGCCCACCGACUUUCUCCCCUAGCCCACUGAUUUCCCCCCCUUACUCAUUGCUCUUCGCCUUUUUGUCCAGUGCGUUUCUCCCCUUUCCUCACUGCUCUUCCGCCCCUUGCUCUCUGACCUUCCCCUCCCUGCUCCCGCCAACUCACACGUCAGCCUCCACCCUCGUAUUCUAUCCUGCUUUCUUUUCCUUCCCCCCUGUUUCCCCUCCCCUCCCCCUUGCCCACUAUCCCCCCCAUUGCCCACUGCUUCUCCCCCCCUUGCACACUGUUUCUCCCCGAUUGCCCCCUGCCUUUCUCCCUUUGCCCAUCUGCUAGCCGUUCCCUCCUCUGUCUAGCCAACACUAGCGCCAGGAGAGCCCCCACCUCCUCCACACCCAUGGCCACAUGUAGCAAGGCUGGCACAGGUGAGGCCGCAGCAGGGCCUGUGGCAGGGGAUGGGGAUGCGGCAGCACCGGGGGGUCCUGCAGAGGUGGCAGCAGAGAUGCGGGUGUGGGAGGUGAAAGAGGGGGUGACGGAGAGGGCGGAGGGGGAAAGAUCGGCAGAGCCGGUGGGGGCUGGUGAGGACUCAGAGUGGGACGAGGCCGGGGACUCGGAUGGGGACAACGCGAAGGACUCGGACUGGGUUUUGGAGGGCGCCGAGGACUCGGAUGAGGACGUAGUUGAGCUCAUAGCACCCGCUCCUAGUGCAGCCAGGCUCGAGGCCGGGUCCUCAGCAGGGGAGCCAGCGACGGGAGCUGCUGUCGCGCCGGACGCCUCGACCUGGGUAGCACAAGGAGGGGCGGCUCUUGCCCAACCCCCCUCGUCAGUCCGCCCCCAACCCUGUUCCACCCCAGGUGUCUCCCGCCCGGCACAGGGCACACACCCUGUCGGCCACAUGGGCGCUUCCCAUAGGAACGGGCAGGCCGCCAUCCAUGCGCAGGCUAGCCCAUCGCGGCAGGCGGCCAUCGGCGGCCACACCCCCUCACCCUCCCAGCUGCCCCAUUCUCACACUCCUCACCCACAGCAGGGGGCGGUCACACGGCAGCCACUGAUUGGACAGUUUGCCCAACCCCACACAGGUCGCCGGAAGAAGGGCAAGGGCAAGGGGACACCCGGGGCAGCCCGGCGCUCGGAGCAGCCGGACACGACUCCACCCUCUGCUGGCGCGCAGCCCUUACCAGCCACCACCCCUCAGGCGACCCCAUCAUUGCCCCCGGCCUGCCACCCACUGCCCUCCCAUAACCAGGAUGGCGAGCUUCGGACGGUCUCCCUCCCUCGCCCCACCCAGGCCUCACUCCCCUGUCACCCCCCCAUCCCGCCCCUGGCCCCCCACCAGACAGUCGCCGCCGAUGCCCCAUCCGCGAUGGAAAUCGAACCGGCGGUGGAAGAGGGGUCGUUAGCCUCUCGCAAGCAAGCCUAUAUCCCCCCCCAGCGUCGGUCCCCACCACCCGCUUCUUUGUCCCCCUCCGGUCCACAACCUCCGACCCAGGCCAGGUCCCACGACGCAUCCACUGCUCCAGCUGCCCACACCCCAGCUCCUACGUCCCCCGGCGAGGCCACUGAGCUAGCCUGCCAUCCAGACGCAUGCCCCGCCCUAGCCACUGUCCCCUUGGUCGUACCAUCCUCACCCACGCCCGCGCAUCCCGCCGUCGCUCCUCCCCCCCGGCCAUUGCCUUGCCCGCCCCAGACGCACGGCCCGCCCCCCACUUGGGCCACCGACCUCGGACAGGGGCCCAUCGAAGAGGCGGUCGUCGGCGCUGAUAGCUCGGAGAGCACGAUGCCAGUCCCCCCGCACGACACAGCGGUGCCGACAGGAGGACUAGCGGUCACGUGUCCUACCUGCCGGAGCACCUUGGUGAGCAGCCACGCUCUUGCUCUCCAUGCACCCCAUUGCCAGCCCGCCGAUGCUCUACGCAGGGCGGAGGCCCUGCAGGAUGCCACCUCUUCCCCUCCCUCAUUCAGCGAGCCACGCGCCUCCAUCGGUGAGUCCUUCAGACGGGCGCUCGCGGCGGAGGACCCCGCAGGGAUCGAUCCCCACAUCGCGACGGCUUUGGCAGACCUUCCACCGUCAGUCCGGGCCUUGCUGCCACCCCUGUCCUCUUGCAUCUCGAGCGCGCCGGACGGUCUGUUUUCUGAGUUUCGGCGAGCGGCAUCCACACAGCGGGGGGUGGCGGCGACGAGGCGGGUGCAGGAGAAGAUCAGGGACUGGCGGUCGGCCUUGGUAGGAGUGCAGCCGGAGCCGAUGUUCUAUGCGUGCGUUGCUGAGACUUUCGGGCACUUGAGCGUGCCACUGCGAGAUUUUCUGGGGCUCUGCUCACAGCGCAUAGCGACGCAGCGGCGGGACGCAGGUAGUGGGGAGGAGGCAUCGGCGCGGAUCUUUGAGUGCGCUCUCACCACGCGGGUUUCAGUGGCGCUGCAGCGUGCGCAGGCGAACAUUAUCACACAGCAUGCAGUGCGACAGCUGGGAGAGUCGGACGAUGCAUGGAUGCCGAUACCGCGGGGGGUGGCGGCGACGAGGCGGGUGCAGGAGAAGAUCAGGGACUGGCGGCCGGCCUUGGUAGGGGUGCAGCCGGAGCCGAUGUUCUAUGCGUGCGUUGCUGAGACUUUCGGGCACUUGAGCGUGCCACUGCGAGAUUUUCUGGGGCUCUGCUCACAACGCAUAGCGACGCAGCGGCGGGACGCGGGUAGUGGGGAGGAGGCAUCGGCGCGGAUCUUUGAGGCAGGCCGCCAUCCAUGCGCAGGCUAGCCCAUCGCGGCAGGCGGCCAUCGGCGGCCACACCCCCUCACCCUCCCAGCUGCCCCAUUCUCACACUCCUCACCCACAGCAGGGGGCGGUCACACGGCAGCCACUGAUUGGACAGUUUGCCCAACCCCACACAGGUCGCCGGAAGAAGGGCAAGGGCAAGGGGACACCCGGGGCAGCCCGGCGCUCGGAGCAGCCGGACACGACUCCACCCUCUGCUGGCGCGCAGCCCUUACCAGCCACCACCCCUCAGGCGACCCCAUCAUUGCCCCCGGCCUGCCACCCACUGCCCUCCCAUAACCAG